CUAUAGGCAGUUUAAUAUUGCUUUUAUCUGAACCUCCACUUUGGGGGAAAGGCAAAAUGUCAGUCAAGCGGUUGGUUGCUGCUUGGUUAGCUGGUUGAUCCAAAUUGCCCCGAAGCCUUAGGAAGAACCUCUGGGGUGUAAGAGCCGUUUGCCAGCAGAGCUCCUUGGAAGAUGGUGGGCUCGCCUCCCUUGGCAGUCCUUAAGCAGAGGCUGAUGGGCGUCUCCCAGGAGGGCCUCAGUGGCCUUUCCCUGCCUGGCAGAAGGGGGCUAGGCAAGAUGGCCCCUUGAAAUCCCAGGGCCCUUUCCACUUCAGUGACUCUGUGGUUGAUGGUAUCUAUUUUAGCAUCUGCAGGAUCUCCCUUUCUUUUAAUGCUGGCUUGUCUCCAUACUUUAUUAUACUGAAGUGUGUCUUCACCCAAAUAUAUUUUUGUGGUAGCUGACUUGAGGAGGCAGUUUUACCCAGAAAGGUGACAUGUAAAACUCAAAGUACAAUAACCUCCAAAAUCCACCAAACAGUGAUACCUUUAUCAGGCCGACCCAAAUGCCUUUUUACAGGUUGCAAGCUUUCGAAGCUCCACUGGCUUCUGCAACAGACAAGAAGUGUUAACAAUCAUACAGGUGGGUGGGGAAAAGCCCUGCCUUUGGUCCAGAUGUUGUGGUUGUUGUCAUCCCUUCAAAUGGUGUGGAGGAGCUCCUCUUCUGGCCGUGAGGGUGCUGAGAGAUCGGAAACAACUUAAAAUCUGGCCACAUAGCCCGAAAAACCCACAAAAAACUAUACACCUUAAAGUGCCUUUGAGAUUCCAGUUUGUCUGGAAUCCUUUGUGAGGCUAUAGUUAAGGUUAAGGAAGAGAAAACUCAAAUACAGAGUUUUUACUUCACUCUCUCAGUUGAGGGAGAAGGGUGGCUUCUUCUUACCAAGUUGGGGAAGGGGGGUAGCUGGCCAGUGUCCAGCAGAUAAGUGGCCCCCGGCUGAGAUGUGGGCAAACAAGGAAACUAAGUCCCUCUCCUUAAUUCCCUCUUGUCCUCAUGCCAGGGACCUCGGUAACCGGCUCAGGGCCUCCCUUCUGCCUCUGAGAUGGGGAAAAGGCAGAGCAAAGUCACCCUGCGCUACAGAGCUCCCUCCGGAUGCAGGUAGGAGGAGUGAAGGAGUGAGUGGAUCAGAGCCUCCUCCUACGGCUAGGGCCACCCUCCAACAUCGCCCUCCUGCCCAUGAUGAUGCUGUGGCCUCCGUGGCUUUCCUGGCGCCUGACCUCUGCGUGUCCGGUGGAAAAGACAAGGCUGUUGUUGUGUACAACUGGCACUGUGGCACCGUGGUAAGGACCUUCAGGGGUCACGAACGUGAGGUGACAAAGGUCAGCUGCCUCCCAGAGCCCAGCUGGCUCUUCAGUGCCUCUCGGGAUAAAACUGUGCUGAUGUGGGGGCUCCAUGGGGCAGAUGGGGCAGCCCAGUGCUUUUCAGGACAUGAUCUGGUGGUGACCGGCUUGGCUGUCAGCCCAGUUUUUCAGCAGCUCUGCACUGGCUCUCGUGACAACUGCGUGUGCACAUGGGACAUAGAGACAGGCGUCUGUCUGAACAGAGCAUUAAUUUCCAGAAAUCUGGUGACACAUCUCUGCUGGGUUCCUGGAGAGCCCUACAUCAUCCAGACCUCAGAGGACAAAACCAUCAGACUCUGGGACACACGGGGCUUGCAAGUGGCCCACGCCUGCCCUCCCCAGCAGCACAUCCAGACGGCAUGUGAUGUGAGCACAGAUGGUCGCUACUGUCUCAGUGGCAGCCAUGGCUGUAGUGGAGAAGGAGGAGAGGCUACGCUCUGGGACCUCCGACACUUGAGGGUCCGAGUGCGUGAAUUCUGGGGCCAUUCCCAGACUACAGCAUCCUGCAUCUUUCUCCCUCAAGGCCUGGCCUCCUUCCCCAUUGUAGCUACCUCCUCUCACGAUGGCACAGUGAAAGUCUGGAGCCAACAGACUGGAGCCUGUGUGUCCACUGCCUGCCUCGAUGGAGCAGGGCCUCUGGUUUCUUUGGCUGCCUGUGGGAAGGCCACACUGCUCUGUGCCAGCACCAAUGCCGGGAUCCACUUACUGAGCAUCCGCUCUGCCAACGGAUUGGGGCUCCAGGAAGUGGCCACUUUCUGAUCCAUCACAGCUGAGGAAUGGAGGUCCAGGGCAGAGCUUUUGGCAGCAGCCUUCCAUUGCCUGAACCUCUGGUUCUGAUAUACAAGUCAGUUGGUUCUUGCAUGGAGAAGGAAAGAAUUGGAAGAAAUGGGUACUUGCCUAUUGGUAAAUCCCACACUGGAAUUCUGUUUCCCUCUGACUGGAGGGUCAAUUUGCACCAUGAUUAGCAAAACUGAGCUAGCAAUGCCCCUGACCAUGCAUGGAAUAAGGAGGAUAUGUACGGGGCCUCUGUAAGAGCAUCCUUCACAUGUGGAACCAUAGAAUCGUAGAGUUGGAAGAGACCUCAAGCCAUUUCUGCUAUGCAGAAAUACACAAUCAAAGCACUCCCUGUGACAGAUCCAGCCUCUGCUUAAAGACCUCCAAAGAAGACCAGCA